AGAUCAUCCGUUACGUUCUUGUGGCUAUGGCGGUUGAUGUUCAUAAAGAGGUUUCGCCUGCAAAAUUUAUUGAUAGAAUAGAUAUAAAUAAUGAAGACUACAUUCGGGAAUUAUUAAGACCUCCAGAUAUCAAGGAGGAUGUGAAACUAAUGCAGGAACGUAGUCGCGUUUCACUCAUCUUACGUUCUGCAUAUUUUCGGAAAGAAUUGGAAAAGAUCGUGGCAUCAUCAUUAAAAUCUGGGUGUCUUAACGCUAAUGUUAUCGCUCUUAAGCAAAUAGUUGAGUAUCUGACACCACAAACUCGACUAGGAUCUUCUGCUUUCACAAGAGGUGCCACUGUCCCUGUAGUACCAAUUAAUGAUUUACGCGCUGUUCAACUUGGCAGUUACGUUAAAGGGGAACGCCUUAUACGAUGUAAAUUGGCUUCUGUCUACCGAUUAGUUGACAUCUUUGGUUGGAAUACAGGGAUCAAUAAUCAUAUUACGGCUCGGGUUUCUCGAGAUGCUGACGAAUAUCUGAUCAAUCCCAUUGGUUUACUGUACAACGAACUAACCGCCUCUUCUCUCGUAAAAAUCAACCUUGAAGGAUCUAUUUUGGUUCAAGGAUCUGUUGAUCUAGGCAUCGAUAGGCAGAGUUGGAUGUUGCAUGCAGCUGUUCACAGUGCCAGACCAGAUGUCAGAUGUAUUAUUCAUCUAAGUACUUCAGCUGCAGUAGCAGUAUCAUGUACAAAUGCAGGUCUUUUACCAAUCAGUCAAGAAGCCAUGAUUUUGGGUGAAACAGCUGUUUACGACCCGUUAAUUGUUUUGAAUAAUCUUCAGCAAAAUGGGGAAGAAGACUUAGACUCUCGUAAAGAGCGUCAUUUUGAUGCACAGAAAGCAGAAAUAUCUCGGAUAUUUUCGGAAAAAUCUCCCAGUUGUAUGGUUUUAUUGGUUCGUAGUUAUGGUCUCUUGGCAUUGGGACAAUCGAUUGAGGAAGCAUGGUUUAUUGCAUUUACAUCCAUGUUAGCGUGUGAAGCACAGUUACGUUUGGCGAGCAUCAGUUUGGAUGAAUUGGUUAUCCCUACCAAAGAAGCUCAAGAAGCCGCUUACUCCGUAGGACGUACUCCCUCUGCUGUUCAGUUGCGAGUUGGCGAAGUCACUGGUAGUUCAGGUUGGAGGCGUGGAGAACUUGAAUUCGAGGCAUUAAUGCGUAGAUUAGACUCUGCUGGAUACCAUACGGGUUAUGUUUACCGAUUAAGUCAAGUACGCCAGGGUUCAACUGCUGCAUCGACUCUCCAGCGUCCGUCAGCAGAUGUGCUGGAUAAUGCUUCCACUCAAAAAUCUCGUGAUGCCGCAGCCCAUGUUCGUCGUGCAGCUAGUCUUGGUCGUGGUCUUCGUGGCCUCAAAGAUGUAGAGAUACCGCCUACAGUUUCAUCUUUUGCAACUUCAUACUACGGGGAUGAGGAAAGUAGAGCUACUGCUAUUGCUGAAAUGAAAGCCAAAACACUCUCACUUUCACGUGCACAUUGGCUGAGUACACCAAAUGCGUACCUUCGGGAAGAGAUUGAAGAAGUGGGUACUCCGAAUCCUAAAAAGAUAACCCACUGGACAGAGGGGUCAGAUAUCAAUAAAACACGCACCGGUGGAGUAGCUGUCCCGCUGAUUGAUCCCAAUCAAUUUGCAUUGCAGGGUUCAGAUCCACAGGAGUUUCAAAAUCAACAGAAGAAGGUGAAAGAUAAAUAUUACAAGGAUGUAAGGUCUGCUGGACCAAAAUCUCGAAUUUUACAAGGUAUUGACUUAGAAGAUGAGUCAGAUGAAACUGAUGGGGGGAUCGCAUCACCUAAGGUUGUCAGUCCGAAAGGCACACUACUUCGAUUGGAUCCUUCCAACCCUCCGUCUCUGGAGCCUGGACAUGUUGUUGUGGUUGGGGCAGCUAGUAAAGGUAUCAUAAAUCGUAAUCAGAGACACAAUGUUGGUGUUUACCAGUCUCUAUACUCGCCAAAUCCAUUCGAUAGGAUGACAGACGAAGAUCUUGAGCGCUACAAAGAAAAUGUUGAACGCAAAGCUAAAGGUUUACCCUCAUUAGAGGAGGAAGAGGCAAGAGCUCGCAUAGAGGAAGCUCGGCAGGCUGUGGUGGUGGCACGAGAGGCGAUGGAAGCAGCCUCUCGUAUGGGUACAGAACAAAAAUAUAAUGGAGAACCAAGUUUAGACGUAAGUCGUAUUCAUGCAGUUCGGUCAGAUACCAGUGGAGCUGAAGCUAGCCAUGAUGAUACUGAAAAAGAGGUUAGUUAUGUUUAUUAAUUCUAAGGUGUUCAUGAUUUUGAGUAAUAGUUAACAACAGUUGAACUUAGAAAGUAUAAAUACCAGGUUUAUUUGUUCGAUAAAAAUCUAGAGAACCUAGUGCUUCGUCACCAGUAAGUAUAAAGAUACCCAAAAUAUACAUCAAGCCUCAAAAGAAACUUCAUUAGUUAUUGAUGGAUUCUGAUGAUUCGUUUUUAUUUUUCAUCAAUUUCUAUAAGUCAGUUGCACUACAAAUAUGGUUUUAAACAAUUAUUACUAAUAUCAUUGUAGUAUUACUUCAUGCAUAAUCGACUAAUUUAUCGACGAAAAUCAAAAUAAUAGUCGGUCAUUGGAUAACUACGUGUUAACAACACAGACGUUGCUGUUAGGUAUUGAAAUCUUACAUAAAAUUCAUAAGUUCAGAUAUCAGAAGUCCCUCUAAUCCACAGUGUUACAAAGCCAGCAAAAUGAAGAUUCAUAAACAAAAUGUCCCAGUAAGAUCUAUGCAAUGCUCAGUUUACCUCACCACGAGGUUGUCGGCUAAUUAGAAAGUAGUAUAGGACGUACUGACCAACGACUAUGCAGAUCUACUUGAUAUGAAUUAUUUAAGCUUAACAACAGAUUGUAUCACAUAGAUAUCACUUGCAAGUAUAUUGUCCUCUUUGUCUUAACAUUCCUAUUCAUUAGAGUGCACCGUCUCAAACACAAUAACAUUGUUGACCGAAAUACUAAUCCAUUAACUUUAUUAGGAUCCGAUUUCAAAUGACUACUAGUUAUGUACCCGAGAAAUAUGUACUUCUCUUUUGAUAGUACGGUGCAAACGUAAAGGCGAGGAUUGACAAAUCAAAUGUCUCAUCCUUACAUUUGAAGAGAGUAUGGAACUCAAAACAACUGUCUCCAAGCCAUCAUCAAAGUCACAAUAUUCUAUACGAGCGUCAAGAUAGUCAGUUGUACUAUACGGAGCUGAAACUUAGAGAACUACCAAAACCAUUAUUAAACAGGUACAAGUAUUUAUAAACAAUUGUCUACACAACAUACUCAAUGUUCGUUGACCGGAUACCAUCAGCAACAGUGUACUGUGGGAGAGAACAAACAAGCUCCAAUCUGAAGAGGAAAUUAGAAAAAGACGUUGGAUGUGGACAGGACAUAUACUGAUGAAAUCACUGAUUUGAAUCACAUAGCAAACCGUAACAUGGACUCAUGAAGGAAAAAGGAAUAGAGGAAAACCAAAGAACACAGUGUAUGGAGAAUUGUAAUCAGACAUGAAAAUGAUGAAUAUGAACUGUAAAUAACUGGACAGUAUUACCGAUGAUGUAGUUGGACGAAGAAUGCUGGUGUGUGGUCUAUUCUUCUUCAGGAAGGGUAACAGGCGUAAUUAAGUAUUAUACCGUCAAACUGACAGGAUAGAAAUGAAACUAUAGAUACUGCCUUUGUAGUGAAUUUUAUUUGCCUAUAUGGUUUCUCAAGUCACAUAUUUUGAGUGUGGUUAUAAAUUUCAUAUAUUUUUCUUUCUCAUAUCAGGCUAAGAAAGAUGACAGUAUAUCAGAAAGGAAAAAGAAGCGUCGUUUCAAAAUGCCUUCAUUUGCACGAAAAUCCAAGAUUAAAGAAUCG